AUGUCAUUUCUUCGAAGUUCGUUUUCGAUUCGAAAAACCAAACCUCGUCAAGUUGUCUCACGUUCACCACUGAAAUUACCUGCUGAAGAACUUGCACGCGAACUUGGUCCACAAUAUCAAACAAUUGAUGUUCGUAUUGGCACUCAAAAACUCGCAUUCGAUAUUGAACGUGGCGAUUGGAUAGCAGAUGGAAUAGUCAGCACAGCAGUUAGUGCUCGUGAAAUGACAAAAUUGGAGAAGAGAAAACGAGAAUUAGAAGAAGAUAAUAAUGUUCUUCGAACGAAACUGGAUAUUCUACUUGAAAUGCUUGCUGAAGUCACUGCUGAACACGAACUUCGACGUAAUGGUUAA